CCCCUCAGGAACUCGGGGUUCUGGCCCUCCUCUAAAUCCUAGCUACCCCGCCCCCAUCAGUUUCUCCCCUCCAGGGCAUGGAGGCUGAGAGACCCCAGGAAGAAGAGGAUGGUGAGCAGGGCCCCCAUCAGGAUGAACAUGGCUGGCCCCCUGUAAACACCACCACUCGGCCUUGGCGAUCUGCUCCUCCAUCCCCUCCUCCAGGGACCCGCCACACAGCUCUGGGACCCCGCUCGGCCUCCCUGCUCUCCCUGCAGACUGAGCUCCUUCUGGACCUGGUGGCUGAGGCCCAGUCCCGCCGCCUAGAGGAGCAGAGGGCCACCUUCCAUGUCUCCCAGAACCCCCCAAGCCUAGCCCCAACCCCACCCCGGCCUCAGGAGGAGAGAGAACAGCUCUACAGCACCAUCCUCAGUCACCAGUGCCAGCGGAUGGAAGCCCAGCGGUCAGAGCCUCCCCUACCCCCAGGGGGGCAGGAGCUCCUGGAGUUGCUGCUGCGAGUUCAGGGUGGGGGUCGAAUGGAGGAACAAAGGUCCCGGCCCCCCACACACACCUGCUGAGAUCUGAGCCCCCCACCAGCCCCUCUGCACUCCUGAGGCUCAAAGCUGGGCAGCCCGCUGCAUACCCUCAGCCCUGCUUGGCAGGGGCACCAGCGACUGCACCCAGCACACAUCUCAGGACUCAUCCUCCUCGCCCAGGUCCCCCGGGAACUGGAGGGGGUGAGAGGCCCCAAAUCCUGGGAAUAGCAGGAUGGUCGUUGAAGUCCCUCCCGGAGUACUUGGGAGCUUGAGGCAGCGCGGGGAUCCCAGCCAGGGGACACCCAUCUCUGCUCUGACCUCAGGGAGCGCCUUGGAGUCUGUCCUGAGCUGGGGGGACACCCCCAGAGGUCAAGGCAUUGGGCAGGACCUGAGAGCUCAGGCCUCCAACUCCCACGAAGAGACAUGUCCCUUAGGGCC